GAACCAUUCAAAAUGGCGGUUGACUGCGGAGGUUAGAAUUGUCACUAGCAGAGUUCGACGUGAAAAAAAGGUGUCAAUGUCUGCAUGCAAUGAGCAAGCACCCACGAAGUAAUAUCUUAUUGAAUGGAGAAGAGCGUGAUGGCUCGUUACUGUUAACAGAACCAUGUAGUUCUUUAGGCAGCUUAAGAACUUUUCAACAAUCGUCACGGACAAAGCCACAAAGAAAGGGCAAAGAGACAAUCUCCACUGCAACAAAUUCAAAGAAGCGUAGCACAUGGAUUGCAAGUUCAUUCAGCGACUUUGAUGAAGGAAGGACAAAGAAAACCAAACAAGCAAACAUCAACCAUUCACUAGUAACAAGUGGAAGCAGCCAAGCCGCUCAACACAAAUUAAGGAAAGAUGAAGAUCUUUGGCUUGAAAAAUAUAAACCAAAAUCAGAGGUUGAACUGGCUGUCCACAAGAAAAAGGUGGCUGAAGUGCGUAACUGGUUCUUAGAUCAAUUAUGUACACAGGUGGGACAUGGUUCUAUCUUACUCCUUACUGGUCCAACUGGAGCAGGCAAAACAGCAACAGUCAGUGUAUUAGCUAGUGAGUUGGCAUUUGAGGUUCAAGAAUGGAUCAAUCCUCUUAGUGAUACAGAAGAUGAAGAGCACUAUAACUGGAAAAGCCACAGUCAGUCCCAGGUGAAAGUUUUUCAAGACUUCAUACUUCGUGCCAGCAAGUACUCCACCUUGUCAAUAUUUGGUGGGAAGGGAAAUAAUUCUGUCAAGAAGAUUAUCUUGGUAGAGGACCUUCCAAAUAUAUUUUUCAGAGAGGCUUCAAAGCUUGCUGAGGUUUUGAGCACAUAUAAACAAAAAGGGCAAGUUCCUAUAGUAUUCAUCAUCUCCGACAGCCAUCAUGGUGACUCAAAUGUUCACAAAUUACUUCCCAAAGAUGUUCAGGAAAAACUGAAGAUUCAUAACAUCAGCUUCAACCCAAUUGCGCAGACCAGCUUAGUGAAAGCCUUGAACAGAAUAAUAUCAACUGAAGCUCAACAGCAGAAUAAAACGGUAUUUGAGAUUCCAGAUAAAGAUACUAUUCAGCUCUUGGCUCAGAACAGUGGAGGAGACAUUCGUACAGCCAUCAAUGGUCUCCAGUUCUCCUCUUUAAAAGAUAAAUCACACCCAACUCAAAAGGGGCUUAAUGUGACAAAGAAAGAUGACAGAAAACCAAAUAAGUCAAAAUUAAAGAAAACAAGUAGUUCACUGUCCAAAAAGGUGAAGACUUCAGAAUCAGCUGAGCUAUCCUCUAAGUGUCUUCUCUAUGGAAAAGAGACAGAAGAUAACCUUGAAUCAGAAGUAGUCACAGCUAUUGGUGGAAGAGACUCAGCUUUGUUUCUGUUCAGAGCAAUGGGAAAAAUACUAUAUUGUAAAAGAGAUCCAACACUUUCUGACUCAGACUUACUUCCAUCUCACAUGGCACAUUAUGCCAGACACCAGCUGUUGUUCUGUCCAGAGGCAGUGUUGGAGAAAACACACCUCUCAAGUGAAUUUUUCAAUUUAUACCUUCAUCAGAAUUAUUUGGAUUUUUUUGCUGAUAUUGAUGAUGUGGUGAAUGUUAGUGAACACUUCAGCGAAGCAGACUACUUGACUAAAGAAUGGAUGUUUCAGUCCUCCAUGAGGGAGUACAGCUCAUCUCUGGCAGCAAGAGGGUUAAUAUUUAACAGCAGAUUAGGGGGGACCUCAUCAAGCUCCAGUGGGCCUGGGAGAGGAUGGAGACCACUUCAUAAACCACAGUUGUUUGAGGUCAACAAGAAGAUGCGUGAAGGUAUUAACACUGCACGAGAUCUGUUUAAAGAUUACUACUGUCCAUCACUAGUUCUGCAAACGGAGGUUCUUCCAUACUUGGCCAUUACUGAUGUUCCCCUGAGAACACCAGGACAAAUUUCCUUUUUGCAAGCUAUCAGCAAUUUCAGAAAAUCCAAGCACUCAUUCAGAGGAAACACAGAUACACUUGAAGAAAAAGAUUGUGGUAUGAGUAGUGAUAAUGAUGACGACAUUCUUGCUAGUUCCCAACCAAGAGGGAAUACAAUCCAGGGAGCUAACAAGUGCCUGGUCAUGGGUGAAGAGUGUGAUUCACAAGGAACCUCUCAGAUGCUUCAGGAUGAUGAUAAUGCAAUAGAGGAUUUUGAUGAUGAAGACUGAGGUGCAAAACAGUACUUGUAACCCGUUCCAUUUGGGAGUCAUACAGGGUGGUUCAAUUGAUCGUGUUGCAGUGCCCUUAUCAAGGCUGUCAUCAUUUGUACAAAAGUAGGGGCUACGGUCAUGAUUCUAGUAGACCCACUCUUUAUAGGGGUUGGUUUAAAGUAAAGUUUCAUUGACUAAUUCUACAAAACUUGUGUUCUAAAUGCUGGUAAUUUUAAAUCACCAGAAGUAAGACCUGGGUCUUAAAGAACAUUGUAAAUUGUGUAUAAAACCAUGAAAACAGAUUACCAGUCAAUAGUUUUGUUAAAUAAUUCCAUGUUUAGAAGCUAUUUAUUCAGAGAUUACAACUGACAUUUGGCUCAGUGCAGCAGUGACUUCCUAAACUCCCUGCUGUAUAGCUCAACUUAUAGUGUUCUAUAAAGUCCACAGGAGGAUAGGAAAGCAUAAUUUUGUAAAGUUAUACAGAUGGCAGAGAAAAUCAAAAGAUCCGUAACUAAACUGCAAUUUAUUAAAUAAUGUAACAAAAUAACUUCCAUUUUGUAAUAAGUUGUAUUGUCUAUUUACAUGAAGAAAAGGUGCUGUACAUAAGAUGAAACUUGUAAAAAAGAAAUAUUAAAAGCAAGCGGCAGCUGUUAAUGGUUGGAUUCAAAGGCUCCAAAAUCAAUAAUUUUGACCUACUUUGCAUUGUUUGCUCUUGUUUUAAUACUAACAGCUAUGUCAUGGAACAACAAGCUUGAGAUUAACUUUUCACUGUCUCAGUAGAGACUCAUCUGACUCAUUUGUAAACUAUUGCAGCUAUUGUUGUUUGAGAAUCUGAGGUACAAUUUCUGUCUAAGACAGGCAUAUUUCAUCACCAGAGUCUAUUUGUUUCAAGCAGUUUUAAAAUCUGCUGUAGUAUCUGGGGUGAAUGUUUCCUGAGGGCAAAACCCGAAAAAACUGGCUUGCUGGCAUGCUCAGUGAUAAGGGCUCCAAUCUGUUUAGCAUAAACAUGCCAGAUUUCCUGCAAUGUAAUAACAUGUUCAUGGAUAAAAACAAACUUAAAUAAAUGAAUGAAGUAAUAUUAAACUUCUGUCAGCUACAGUCCAUCCUCUCAAAAAACCCAUUGUAAUUAUGUAAAAGUUCCUCUCACUGACAACAUUUAGAUGGAAUCUUGCACCUCAAAAGACUCCACUUGUUAGACCAUUGCAUUUAUUAGCCUUUUAGUUUAAUAGACAUUAAAAUGUUGACUUCUGCAGAA